AUGUCAGAGGUGUACGAUAAUCUUUCCAUAUGUACAAACUCAUUAAAGGAAAUUGUAUCUUCAUUGAAUAAUACCGUACAGCUAAUGAAUGAAGGUAAUAAGGAUACAAAUAGACUCAAUCAAGUAUUGGCAACAAAAAGAGUAUUUGGAUUGGUUCCAGAUAUUGAUAUAACGGAUGCUACAAAUGUAUACAAACAAGAAAUGAGUCAGGAAAUAGAACAAGCACUUGGUAAAUUAGAUCGAAUGUUGGCUGAAUCCAAAGAUAAAAAAGCAACACAACAAAGAAGGAGAGAUAGAUUGGUAAAUAAAUUAAAUUCAAUGCCUUUACAAGGAAGUCGAUUAUCUAAACGAAAGACCUUAGAUCUUUUGAAGCAGAAGAAACGAAGGUUACAGUAUAGUAUGGCUAAUAAAGAAAAAGAAAGAGAAAGGGAAAGAUCAAGAAAAUCUUAA